AUGCUUCUUCUCCUGUUCCUUUUCCCUAAAACGUUUGCCGAUUCACCACCGACGAUGAAAAUGAUAGCAUAUUUUGGAAAACCUACCGUAGGCGUUUCAGGCAUCCCCCACCAAUUUUCGGAACCUUCCGAUUGCUAUGAUGAGUGCUAUUACACUGAGGAUUGCGCAAUUUCGUAUUUCAACUCGACUGGGUGUUAUCUUUUGGACUUUGGUAACAUGUCUGUGCAGCUUCUGGAUAGGUCUAGCAAUGAGUAUGUAGCCUUUAAAGUGAGUUAG